AAGUCGUUUAGUUGUUCAGUCAGUCUUCGGAAAGACCUUGUUUGCGUUGGUUAUUUUAUUCGGGUUGUAUUCAUUGAGUGAUAUAGAAGAAAAAAAAAUGUUCCAAAUUAUUACAAUUUAAUGGCUUUGAUUUUUGGAGAUACAAAGUAGUUGAAUUCAUCGAAGAUUACCGGAGAUAUAUUUUCAAGUGAUUGUUGAAUAGUAUAGUGUAUUGUGUAUUCAUCUGAAUUUGCUGGAAUAUCUUGAAGAAGAGAAGCAAUCCCCCUUCACGAUAGGAAGAGCUUAAGAAAAGUUUGGUAGCAACUAGAUAUUUCUUUAUUCACACAUCCAGUAUAUUAUUAGAAUGCCUUUCUAAUACUUAAUGUUUGGGCAAACGAAAAAGCUUCUAAAGAUGUGUAUUUGAGUGAAAAUUUUAGGGGUGCCAGUAAUAAAGCAGUGGAUUAUUGGUAUAGGUGGUGUCCGAAGGGCACCAAGUGUGAUCUGUUUGUGCUAGUUUAAUUUACGCUAACCGGAAAAUAGACAAAGUACAGUGGAAGCGAAAAGUGAAUUAAAUAACAAAGGGGAAAGCAUCGAGAGCAACAAAAAAAAAUUGGUGCUGUGCCGUAGGAAGUAAAAGAAUAGCCUAAAAUAAAGGCGGUGCUGUGUAGAAAAAGCCACAAAGUCUAAAAGUUCGGUUUUUUCGUCUGCAGAGGGGGUACUUCCUGUUAAUUCGCACAAAAGAGUGUUUGGUUGGAAUCAGAAGCAGAUCAUCGAGAAUAAUUUAACCAGCUAUGAUUGUUUGAAAAAAAUCAAUAUUCCUCGCACAAGGUUAAACUAGGAUAAGUUGAUUGGCAGCAAAGUGCGAAUAUAGAUAUAAUUGUUUGCACCUGAAUCGAUUUGGAGAACUAAAAACUGAUUUGUAAAGAUGGCUCUGGAAGAAACUCAGAACGGAUCGGUUGUCCCGCAGAAGGCAGAUGCGCAAAACCAGCACAUCGAGCCAGCCUCGUCAACCGAGAAGCUAAAUGCUGUCUCUAAUGGAACCGAGAAGUCCCGCAAUAAUAAACAGAACGACACAAACACAGCUUUCCUCAGAGCAGCCAGAGCCGGUGACCUGCAAAAAUUAAUAGAGUAUCUAGAAACAGGACAAGUCACAGACAUAAACACAUGUAAUGCGAAUGGUCUCAACGCACUACACCUCGCUGCCAAGGAUGGGCACUUCGAUAUCGUCCAGGAACUACUCAAACGAGGGGCUAACGUGGACAACGCAACGAAGAAAGGAAACACAUCACUACACAUAGCUUCGUUGGCCGGUCAAGAAGAAAUCAUCCAGCUACUGCUCCAGUAUAAUGCCUCGGUUAACGUGCAAUCUCAGAACGGUUUUACGCCACUGUAUAUGGCAGCCCAGGAGAACCAUGAUGAGUGUGUUAAUUUGCUGCUGGCAAAAGGAGCGAAUCCGGCCCUUGCUACGGAGGACGGAUUCACACCUUUAGCCGUAGCCAUGCAGCAAGGUCACGACAAAGUCGUCGCAGUUUUACUGGAAAGUGACACCAGGGGUAAGGUGCGGCUACCUGCGUUGCAUAUAGCUGCCAAGAAGGACGACGUCAAAGCCGCGGCAUUGCUACUCGAGAACGAGCACAACCCGGACGUGUCAUCAAAAAGUGGCUUCACGCCGCUCCACAUAGCCGCCCAUUACGGGAAUGUCAACGUAGCUCAGCUAUUGAUCGAGAAGGGUGCCGACGUCAACUUCACCGCUAAGCACAAUAUCACUCCGUUGCACGUUGCCUGCAAGUGGGGCAAGCUGAAUAUGGUCUCACUGUUAAUUAAAAACAAGGCUCGCAUCGACAGCAUCACCCGAGAUGGCCUAACACCGUUGCAUUGCGCGGCACGUUCCGGGCAUGACCAGGUCAUCGAGCUGUUGAUGGAGAAUGAAGCCGACAUAAUUGCGAAAACGAAGAAUGGUCUUGCACCGCUUCAUAUGGCAGCACAAGGCGAACACGUGAGUGCGGCGAGAAUCCUGCUGGUCAAUAAGUCUCCUGUAGACGAUAUUACCAUUGACUAUCUAACAGCACUACACGUGGCUGCCCACUGUGGUCACGUGAAAGUGGCCAAGCUUUUACUAGAUCGAAAUGCAGACCCAAAUGCUAGGGCAUUGAAUGGGUUCACCCCACUCCACAUCGCUUGUAAGAAGAACCGAAUCAAGGUCGUUGAACUCCUAUUGAAACACGGUGCUACUAUCAGUGCAACUACCGAGAGUGGACUUACUCCACUGCAUGUGGCCAGCUUCAUGGGUUGCAUGAAUAUUGUGAUUUAUCUGCUACAACACGACGCUAGUCCCGAUAUUCCAACGGUGCGAGGAGAAACUCCGCUACAUCUGGCAGCGCGAGCAAAGCAAAGUGAUAUUAUCAGGAUUCUACUACGAAAUGGUGCUUAUGUCAAUGCACAGGCACGUGAGGAUCAAACUCCCUUACAUGUGGCUUCUAGAAUCGGCAACGUUGACAUUGUGAUGCUACUAUUGCAACACGGUGCUAAGAUCGACGCCGUUACAAAGGACAACUACACACCAUUGCAUAUAGCUGCAAAGGAAGGUCAAGAUGAUGUCCUCGCUGUUCUACUGGACAACAAUGCCAACAUGGAAGCCAUCACCAAAAAAGGAUUUACACCGCUUCACUUAGCAGCUAAAUAUGGUAAUCUGAAAUGCGCACAACUACUACUGGAACGUGGCGCCCAAAUUGACGUUCAGGGUAAAAACGGUGUAACACCCUUGCACGUUGCUAGUCAUUACGAUCAUCAGAAUGUGGCAUUACUACUCCUAGAAAAAGGCGCAUCUCCAUAUUCUCCUGCCAAGAACGGUCAUACACCGUUGCACAUUGCAUCCAAGAAGAAUCAAAUGGACAUUGCUAAUACUCUACUUGAAUACAGAGCAGAUGCAAAAGCUGAAAGCAAAACCGGUUUCACACCAUUACAUCUCAGUUCUCAAGAAGGACACCGGGAUAUGUCAAAACUGUUGCUGGAAAAUGGUGGCAAUCCUAACCAUGCCGCCAAGAAUGGUCUCACACCGCUUCAUCUGUGUGCUCAGGAAGACCAUACUGACAUAGCUAAAACCCUCCUGGAUCACAACGCACAAAUUGAUCCUUCAACCAAAACCGGAUUCACUCCACUGCACGUUGCAGCACACUUUGGUCAAAUAAACAUGGUAAAGUUCCUAUUGGAGAAUGAUGCAAACAUUGAGAUGAAAACCAACAUAGGGCACACCCCCUUACACCAGGCCGCUCAGCAAGGCCACACGUUGAUCAUCAAUUUACUCCUGAAAAAUAAAGCCAACCCGGAAGCGGUAACCAAUGGUGGACAAACAGCCCUCUCCAUUGCAGAUAAACUUGGCUACAUCACCGUUGUCGAGACAUUGAAGGUGGUUACAGAAACCAGUGUCACUCAAACCGUGGACGAAAAGUUCAAGAUUGUGGCCCCGGAAACCAUCCACGAGACGUUUAUGUCGGAUUCAGAAGAUGAAGGCGGAACAUACGACGCCAACCUGCUGACUGAUACGAACGUUUUGAGCCAAACCCAGCAGUCGUGCAGCAGUAGUGGUGUUAUCAAGUACUAUCAGUCGCAGAUGCGCUACACACGCGAAGAUCCGAUCAUGUCUGACCAGCAGCAAUACAACUACAUGACGAGCGACGAGAAUAAGCAGUUUGAUGACACCAACAUCACAAACAUGAGUAUUGAUCCCAUGAAGGAUGAGAAGUACUUGGAGAAGAUCAUCUCAAGCGCCGAAAAGUACACAUCGAUGGCGCCUCGCGAGAGCACACCCAAUCCGCUGGAUAUCACCGUGACCGACAACGUCAACAUUACGCGGAAGCCGAUUCACGUCGGUAACGACCUGUCGUUGUCGCUUACCGGCUUGGCGGAUUAUUUAGUGCGAAAAAACUUUAUGCCAUUAUGUAGGGAAAGAUUCCUCGUUUCGUUCCUGGUCGAUGCACGAGGCGGUGCUAUGCGUGGCUGUCGGCACAGUGGUGUCCGAGUGAUCGUUCCACCACGAUCGGCCGCCCAACCGACACGCAUUACUUGUCGAUAUGUAAAGCCACAACGAAUAAUCAACGCACCUCCACUGAUGGAAGGUGAAGCACUGGUCAGUCGGAUCCUCGAACUAGCUCCCGUAGGGGCUAAAUUCUUGGGUCCUGUUAUAUUGGAAGUGCCACAUUUCGCUUCAUUGCGCGAAAAGGAGCGUGAGAUUAUAAUACUUCGUUCGGAUAAUGGCGAAACCUGGAGGGAGCAUACGUUGUACGAUAGCGAAGAAGCCAUUCACGAUGUUUUAAAUGAGACAUUCAAGGGAGACACCCUCAACCUCCUGGAAGAUCUACACACCAACCGAAUCACUCGUAUUUUAACGAACGAUUUUCCCCACUAUUUCGCUGUCGUCUCCAGAAUUCGACAGGAAGUUCAUGCCAUUGGGCCAGAAGGUGGAACCGUUUCCGCUACCGCAGUACCACUUGUUCAAGCCAUCUUUCCGCAGAAUGCUCUUACCAAAAAGAUUCGAGUUGGAUUACAAGCACAACCGAUAGAUAUGAACAUGACAGCGAAUCUUCUUGGUCGUAGCGUGGCUGUAUCACCGGUCGUCACUGUAGAACCACGACGGCGCAAAUUUCACAAAGCAAUCACCUUGAGUAUGCCAGCACCGAAAGCCUAUAACUCGGGAAUGAUCAAUCAGUAUUCGGGUAACGCCCCGACGUUACGGCUGCUAUGUUCCAUCACCGGCGGUCAAAAUAAGGCUAUUUGGGAGGACGUUACUGGUUCUACUCCAUUGACUUUCGUGAAUGACUGCGUUUCUUUCACCACAACGGUUUCAGCAAGAUUUUGGUUGAUGGACUGUCGCAAUAUUAAUGAAGCCACCAAAAUGGCUACAGAGUUAUACUCGCAUACGUCUCAUGUACCGUUCAUGGUGAAAUUUGUGGUAUUUGCUAAGCGAGUUGAUCAGACCGAAGCCAAACUGAGCGUAUUCUGCAUGACUGAUGACAAGGAAGACAAAACCCUAGAACAUCAGGAACAGUUCACCGAGAUCGCUAAAUCUCGGGAUGUUGAAGUAUGUGAAGGUCGUGUUGUCUAUUUGGAGUUUGGUGGCAACAUAGUACCGAUGUUAAAGAGUGGUGAACAACUCUCCACUCAGUUCAAUGCAUUUAAGGAAAAUCGUUUAACAUUCACGGUAAAAAUCAAAAACAAUCUUGAUGAUUUACUUGGCCGCAUUGCUUUUAUGAACGAACCAAAAGUGGCGAAAGGUGAACCCACACCUACUCCUCUGUGCACUCUGAGCUUUACUCUACCAUCAGAAAAGUACGGACUUGGAGGCGAUGAAAUGGAAACAGCUUCAGAGUUCGAUCUAAGUUCAACCGAAGUGCUGAACUACGACCAGCAAUCGAUCGUGAAUGCAGCAAAUCGUGGCAAGACACUGAACUUCACCUUCCAAAACGGAGAUGCAGACAACGAAAUACACAAGGCUGACAUAAAAAUCACCGACAUUUGCAAUCUAUUAGGAUCGGAUUGGCCUCUGCUGGCAGAGGAACUGCAGAUUUCGCCGACUGAUGUGGAUCUCAUCAAGGCUGAAUAUCCAAAUGACGAGGCCCAACAGUCGAUAGUGAUGCUACGGCUUUGGCUCCGUCAGGCUGGAAGGGAUGCUACCGGAAAUGUGUUGGAGCAGGCCCUUAUCAAAAUUAACCGUUCCGAUAUUGUCAGCAAAUCUAUAACAAACUUGGAAUUAGUCACAGAUGAACGUGAGAGAAAACUAGCAAAGCAGCAGCUUGGGUCAACUAACGGAAUUGACGAAGUGGAUCCAGUUAAAAUCAACGGGAUCGAGUGCAAUAGAGUAGAUGUUUCGAUGGAAGAUUCUACCCACGAACCAGCGCACGAAAAGCAGGAACAUGAAUUGGACGAAAAGACUAGUAAGGAACCGUCACAGUCCUCUUCUCCAGAUAAUAGUGAAGUAUACCAACAAAUUCGGAGGGACAGUGGUGCGGUUUUUGGGAUCGCCUCAGUCAAAAAGCAAACAGAGACUCCACCCCCCAGCCCAGCCGAGUACAACACACAGAAUGACCAGUUGACCAGUCCCGAUCAAAAUCAGGAAGUUGCAGCAACUGUCGAGGAUGUGCAGGAAAUCAUUCAGGCGGCAAUCGCUGAACAUGACACCACCGGGGAUGAUGAUGAUGAUGAAUUUGAAGAGAUUCACGAACCUAUGGUUAUCACUCACAAAAUAACAGUACAAAAACCAUCGUUCGAUGCCAGUAACGACGAAGAUGAUGAUGAUUCGGAAGAUUUCGAGCAGCUAGAUCUGGAAACAGACAAGAGCGGGAAGGUCAGAACCAUCAAGAAACAUUCGAAGGUGAAUAUUAAAAUUAACAAACAACUCGCACAGCGACCAACCGUGGAAGACAUCGAAUGGGAGGUGACACCGGCUACGCCUGCAGCCGGGUAUGAUGACGAUAAAACUGAGACAGAAAUUGUAACAAAAGAGAUUUCAUCAGUGAACUUGGAGGACGUUUCGAAUGAUCGAAGGUACAGUUUAGAUAACAUAGACCCUCUACCAGGAUCACUUAGAGUAGAUUCUGGGCGUACGUUCGAAAAAUCGUUCUCUACCCCCGGUGAUAAUCAACAGAAAGGUGAACAAAUCAUAAUGAUUUCAUCCGAUAAUAAUAUCUCGGAGAUAGCCGCCGACUAUUCCGGUGAUAUUGAUGAGUUUAUUUUUGUGCAAACAUCACCGGAAAACUUUGCAAAGCUUGAGAAUGAGCAAAAUGUCACCGACGAAGAUGAUAACAGCAACCUGGUGAUCAUCACCGAAGAACAUUAUGAUUACGAGAUGGACGGUGAUCGACAGUCGAGUGUGAUUGAUCAGUCACCGCAGGAAGAGGAGACCUUGCCUCAGAAAUUUACUGUCGGUGGCAGCAGUUCCGAAAGCGAUGAGGAUCGCCUUGGUGAUAUUCGAAGAGGUUCGACGUUGAACAGAGUAGAUGGAACCGAAUAUCCUACACCUUCCAUUACGGUUACGCAACCAGAGGCCACAACUUGCACAACUAGUUUCUCCACACGAACGGGUGGUUCUUCCAGCGGAUCCGAUGUAGCACUGCACGAAACGGGCGGCGAGCUAAGCGAUGACGACGUAACAGGUAAAGUCAUCCUCACGCAACAAACAUGCGAUCAAUCUGCACCAGAAUGCACAGCUUCGUCAGCAGUAAUUGACAUCACGCUAGGUCACCCUGUAGACCCGCAGGAAACGGAAACUGGUGUUGAGCAGCUCGCCUCGGAGCAAAAUUUUAUUGAGUUCGAUAGUAACGAAGUUGCAGCUGGAAAUCAGCAGAACUCGUCAAGUGUUGAUGUAGCGAAAUCUCAAUUUGAAGAAGAUGAUAACACUAUUCAGGGUGGUGAAACUCAGCAUAGUUUCGACGAUGUGCUCAUACCAAUCAUGAGCUCGGAGGACACCAUUCUGGUUCCUAUUACAGCACAAAAGCACGUUUCUUCGGUUGAUGAUGGCAGCACAGCGAAUCACGCGGUGAUGGUCAUUCCUAACACCUCAUCAACUGCAGUCUCCAAUGAUGGUAAAAACUAUUUAGUUCAAAACAACGAUCAAGCAAUGGCAGUGGAACCUAGCGAGCCACCCACAAUCACCGAAGAUGGGAUAUGCCGGACUGAAACCAACACGAUCGUGAAUGAAACAGAUGAUGGAUCACUGCGUACUACCGUGAUUACAACGACCACUACCAUCAACGCCACUACCGAGCAGAUACCGGAAGAACUCCAGCAGCAAUUGCUCGAGCAGAUGAAACAGGCGGCGGCGGCAGCCGGAUUGAACGAAAGCGAUGCGGUAGUUACGACCGUAACAACGACCGAUGAGGAGGAAGCACAGCCCAACUCACCAAGCAAUGCCAAAACUACCACUACGACCACAACAAAUACCAUCACACUGACCUCAACCGAUGGUGAUUUCCCCGAGGAUGAACUGUUGCAAAAGAUAACCACAACCACACAGCUAUUGCAGCAGUCCGGUAAACCGGAGUUGGUCAAGGAAACACGAACCGUCACCGUGACGGAGGUGGUCGACGGAAAGCAUGACGCUAAACCGUCUAUCAACACAAUCGUUGACGAAUUCAUGAACGAGGAGAGAAAAAACUAACCUUCUAGUUGUGGCAGCUUUCGAAGUAAAUGUUUAGGCACAACAAAACGUUAAUUAAUAUUCAGCUUAAGUCAGAAAUGUAGAGCUGUUCUGUUUGAUGUGGCCAAAAUUGUGGAUCAAGAACAAAAUUUAAAUGAUAUUGCUACAUUAUAGGCUUAUGUAGUGCGUAAAAUUAGAACUUUGUUUUAUCUAUUUGAUUAGAUUUUUUUCAAAAGUUUCCAAAUUUUAUUGUAUUCAUCGUGUUUAAAACCAGUAAGUUUGUCCUUCACAUCCCGAUAGGUGUACUAUAAUGCAGCUUGCAAAAAUAAGUGAAUUGCGUUUAAAAAGUAUUUUAUUGUCUGAUUGAUUUUGGCAGUGCCUCAAUUUAAUGAGUACUAACGGAUAGGUAGUACGAUUGAAGUAAGCAAACACGCGUCGAACUUCAUUCGUUGCAAACGCGUGGAGUUGUAAAAAUGUUUACAGUAAAGAUCGAGGAUAGCAGAUUAUUUAUUUUUCUAACAUUUAUCGAUGUCGUCCGUGUUUAGAACUCAACGAUCAUGGAACAACAAUAAUUCAUUCUAUAUUUUGAUAGAAUUUAAAAUGAAACAUAACUACCAGGAGGUACAUUUUUAGUUGUAUUUAUAAAAUAAAAUGAGCGAGAAAACCUUUUUAUUUAUCUAACGCAAAAUUACAAAAACCCUGUCAGUUGACUAAGUACAGUUGGGUGCUGAUGAAGAAAACGAUAAAUCGUGAUAGAUGGCAACUAGGUUCAUAUUUAUCUGCUAUACACAAAAUCAAUUGUAACAAAUAUUACAACUAAAUACAAAGCAUGUAUCUGAUGUAAGGAACAAAUUAUAUCAACAAACAGCUUCUUCUGGAUAAUGUAGUUUUUAGUAACUUCUUCUCAUUCUCGAUUGCCUAACAAACAAAAAAGAGACGCAUAAUAUUGUAGAUGUCACUACUAUAAAAACAGUAUUUUAAGGAGUGUUUUGCUUUUGUUUUUAAUGUUAUUCUACCAGUUUUAAUUCUGUGUGACUAUUUAUUGACUUUCGAAUGAAACAACCUAGAAUGGAAGUUUUAUUUUAUCCAUUAUUGUUUGUCAUCAUUUUUGUUGAAAUGAGUAUUGAAUUCUACGUAUUUUUGUUUUCUCAACAUAACUUCACACAAUCAAUCGCCCGUCCUAUCAGUUAUUACACAAAUUUUUCGUAGGUUCUUUCGGUCCAGCCCGAACACUAUCGUACGAAAAAUGAGAGAUUACGGUUCCCUCCCUUUCGAGAAAGCUAUAACAAUACACAAGCUUGCUACGUUUAUAUUUAUUACUCUUGUUAAAAUAUAAGGAAGAAUUAUAUAAAUCAUUGAGAUAAAACAAAUAAACAGUCGUAUAUUUUCGAAAAACAAACUAAGACAGUCAAAAAUUAGCUUGUUUCUAUUGAUUGCUAGAGAGAAACAGUUCAUGGAUUGUGACUACUAAAAAAAUGUUAUUUACAGAUUGUCGGAAGCAUACAGAUAUUAACACAGAUAUGAAAAUAAACUAUUCUAAGUGGAAGUUAAAAGAGUAUCUCACAGCUUGGCAAUCUAUGGAAGGUGAGCUGAAAAACGCAUUCACUACAAUACAAACAUCAUUCGAUCGGACGCUGAACAUUAGUAAUUAUUGCAUUACACAAUAUUAAAACUACCAGACAAAUAUGUGAAUCAUAUAUAAGGCGAUCAAGUGAAUCAGAAAAAAAAAUAAAUUCAUCUAAAUGAAAA